UGAUCUGAUCAACGAGGUGACAGCAAUGCGCACGACUGAAUACCUGGAUGAUGAGGAUGAGUACAUACCGUGGAAGACUGCGCUGAAUGCGCUGCACUAUAUAGACUUGAUGCUAAGCAGAACUGCAUCGUACGGUCUCUUUCAGGCGUAUAUGAGAAAACAGGUCGAGCUUCUGUACAGAACUUAUGGCUGGCACGUCGACGCAGACGACACCGAUCAGAUGCUCACGUUACUACGCAUGGAGGCAACACAUACGGCAUGCACUUAUGGCAGCAAAGACUGUCUCACAGAAGCAACGAACAAGUUUAACGAGUGGCAACAAAGUAUCAACGCAGGAACUCCGUACCCGGUGUCUGUCAACUACCGUCUGACUGUGUACUGUCAGGGAAUAAAGACGGGAGAUGUCGACGAGUGGGACUUUGUCUGGGACGUCUAUCAAUCAGAAGACUGGCCGGCGGAGCGGGAGCGACUACUGGAGGGGCUGUCGUGCAACACGGCUCCGUGGAUCCUCACCAGGUAUCUGGAGCGGUCGAUGGGUGACGAUGAGGUGCCGCAGAGCGAGGCGUACCUAGUACUCCUCCACACAGCAAACAACCAUCUCGGUCGCUACCUCGCCUGGGACUUCCUCCGUGCAAACUACGACGCCGCCAGUAAGAGGUUCGGUGCCAGACUGAGUGAUGUCGUAGCUGCCAUCACAGGAGCGUUUAACACGCAAUUCGAGCUUGGAGAGGUGCACAGCUUCAGGGCCAGCCUCCCGACCGACGAUUCGUCCAUGAACCAUAUGUGGGACACAGCCGAGGAAACAAUAGUCGGUAACAUCCAGUACAUGACCAACAACGAGGAAGAGUUAGUCAACUGGUUAAACAGCAAUGCCGAGGCAAGGCAUCGGGCGUCAGUGAUGUCAUCUUAAAUAAGUACGUGCCCAUUUUUUGGAACGUCAUCAACAGUAGGUUUCUAGCUAGCCAAGGAGGUGAUUGCUUCCACCUAUAAACAUAUUCGAAUCAACUACCUCAUCGUGUCACUUUCGUGAUGUUACUGUGACAGAUUAUUAUCACGUUUCUGCAUAUUAACCGUACAUCAUGGCUUUUCAUAAUUAUGCUGUUCCAGUUGGUAAUAUUAUAUAGAGCGAGUGAAACUUGAUAUACUAUUAUGAUUUAUUAACUAUUUAUAAAAUUGACUGUAAAUAAUGGAGAAUUUCUAGAUGAAUAUAACGUAUAAUGAAUAUAAAUAACUGUAAUGUACAAGAUGUUAUGCAAGUGUGUAUGUGUGUGCAUGCGUGCAUGUGUGUGCGUGCACGUGUACGUGUGUGUGUGCGUGCAUGUGCGUGUACGCAUUAAACUUGUUUAACCAUAUGAAACAUGUUUUACUGUGCCCCUG